GAGCCAUAACCCAUUCAUAAAACCAAAGUGACGCUCGACCUCAGAUCAGUAGCGUGUUGACCGUCGAGAUGCCGAGAUUGUUGAGCAAGUGCAGCAUCGCCGCUCUAUGGGCGUCUGCAGUGCUCGUUACGUAUGUGAAUUGUGCUGAAAAUGGAGCUAUAACCAUGCCCACUACCACCGAUGGACCAAAGCCAACGGGUGGCUAUUGUGCAGCGGCACUGUGUGAACUGUACAAUGGGACACAUUUGGUGCAAGUGCCGCAUACUGCUUGUGGCAAUAAUGGUAGCUUUUCACCCACCUGUGGACCCGAGCCCAAGCUCUUGGAAAUGAGCGAGCGGCGUCGUCAACUGCUGCUGGACAUGCACAAUCUGGCCAGAUCAAAGAUCGCAAAUGGAGAUUUGGAUGGCUAUCGUAGUGCUGCCCAUAUGCCGGUCCUGCGCUGGGACAACGAACUGGAGCAAAUGGCCGCCCUGCAUGCCAAACGUUGCCAAUUUGCCCACGACAAGUGCCGCAAUACACCGCGUUUCAAGUUUAGUGGCCAGAAUAUUGGUUACUUUUGGAUUGGACGCGAGUUCAAGUCGCAUUCGCGUCGCAUGAAAUCCUUUGUGAUCAACUGGUUCCGCGAAUACCAGGACGCCAAUCAGAGUUUCAUCGAUAGAUAUCACCCACAUCCGCAGGGCAAGAAGAUUGGUCACUUUACACUCCUGGUCUCGGAUCGAGUGAAUCGCGUGGGCUGUGCCGGUAUCCGUUUUCUAGAGCCCAAUGCCAAUCGAUUCCAAUUCAUGUUGACGUGCAACUAUAACUACAAUAAUAUAUUCAACGAACCGAUCUAUCAAUCGGGUCCAGCGGCAUCUAAGUGCCCGCAGCACCGGAUCAGUGAAAAGUUCCCCGGAUUGUGCGAUCCACGGGAUGCCAGCAAUGAUUUUGAAAGUGAAGAGAGCGCUGAAGACGACAACACCCUGGACAACAAUAUACCCUUGUAAAAGGGAUCAGUCCAUAGGAUUAGGAAUAUAUAAUACUCAUAGCCAAACAUCUGGAUUAAGUUACAAAGCAUACGAUUUUUUUUUUGUUAUUUUUAUAAAACAAGUGUUUUAGAAUCUUUAAAAAGAACGCAUUACGUUAUCUGUCAAUCUCUAAGUGAGUUGAGUGUGUACUAUAAUAGAACUUUGCAUUAAUUAGUGUUUCGAAAAGCUUAGCACUACUGUA